CCUAAUGAGAAGUGUUCUCCCAGCUUCCCAUGCACACCCUAACCUGUCCAUGGGUCGUGCCAGCUUAACUGAUGUCCUGAAGAGCAUUCCUCACCAUGGAUAGUCCACCCAAGCUGACUGGCGAGACACUGAUUGUCCAUCACAUUCCCCUGGUGCAUUGCCAGGUCCCUGACAGACAGUGCUGUUCUGUGAACAAAAGGACCAACCCCUUCUGCCAGCCAGAGAUAGGCAUCACACAGACCUCUGUCCUUCCAGACAGAGACCUUUCACAGACUGACUCCUUGGUGUACAACAGUUUUCUCCAAAGCUCAGAAACCUCAGCAGAAGCUUCAGACAACAAAGAGGGCAAAGAAAGGGACUUGAUUGUCCCUGGUGUCAGUAAGCGGCACAACCCUUUCCUGCUAACUGAGGGUGAAGACCUCGGCAUCUUCGGGGAUGACUUGGGUCAAAAAUCUUUCCACCUUCACAACUCCCUUGUGUCUGGCAAACCUCCCUUUCACCUGCACGAGCUGUCCUUGCCCCCUUUCCACCUCCACGACUCCAACCAUAUUGUGAAAUCCUGGAACAUGGCCAGUCGAUCUGUUCAAGAAGAAAGCAAUGCAGAGUGCAGCGAAGUGGAGACAAAGGGAGAGACCACACAGAAUAUGAUUGAGGGUCAGGUCUACGUAAAUGUAUCACCACCGAACCUCAAUACAGGCCGGCAGCGCUCCAGGAGCUACGAUCAGAACCUGGACAGGAGUCCCAGCAGCCGGCUGGGCUCUCUGGAGCGCAUGGUGAGCUGUCCCGUUAAGUUGAGUGAAAGUCCACCAAUACCAAUCCAGAGUUCUCUCCCAAAGCGAGUGACAUCUUUUGCUGAGCUGGCCAAAAGCAGGAAAAAGAAUGGUUCUUCCCCACCCCUCCGGCCCAGUGGUGAUUCCUCCUUGGAGUUCUCUCCUAUUCCUGAGACACAGCGGGAUUGUCCAACCUUCCUCGAAGAAAGAGCUCACCGCAGCCAGAGUCUUCCACCCAUGCCCUUCGUCCAUGGCCUGAACCGGAGCUGUGAGGGCUUCUGCUUGGAUCACGCCUUUGGAGAUGGCCAGGCUUUGUGUUCCACCAAAGACUUGGGCUCCAGUGAGACCAUCCCUGGUGGGCACGGGGCAGGUGAGCAAACCUCUCUCUCCCUGCUCACGGAGGCCAAUGCUGGCUGCUCAGGUAGCUCUGCCAGUGUCCAAGGACAAAGAGAUGUUAGAGUCCGAGCAGAUGGUGCUGGCACAGACAGCAAACCUGUGGUACGCUACAGCAAGGACCAGCGUCCCACGACUCUGCCCAUCCAGCCCUUUGUUUUCCAGCACCAUUUCAACAAGCCACCCAAGACACGUGCCCUGCACAGCCAUUUUGCCUCGAGCCUUUCUCAGCUCUACAGUUUGGCUAGCAACCGGCCUUCCAGCCAACAGACCUCCAAUUCCCAGGCCUCGGCCUCAGCCGCCUCGGCAGAGCCCGCUCAGCAGAUGGGGCUAGGAAGUCGAGCCCACAGCGCGCUCCUGACGCAGCGCUCAGCAGAUGGGGCUGCAUCUCUUAGUGAUGGCUGCAUUAAGAAGCCCGCCCCUGAGACAACGCGGCCAUCCCCCUUGGGGAGCUACUCUCCUGUGCGGUGCAACGUGCCUUUCUUCCAGAGCGUGGACUCCUCUUCCUCGCCCACUGCGGAGAGAGCUGGAGAGAGCCAGCCUCCCAGGAGCAGGUCCUGUCCCGUCUCUGCCAGCUUGCUUCCCACGAGGUCUUCCCCAGCUGCCAGUGCCAGGCAGUCUGCCAAAGCCACCAAAGGUGAUGCCCUGAGGCAAAAGGAGAAGCCUAAGCCAGUUCCCAAGAAGGAGGUACCACUGGAGCCAAGUCUGCCACUCUCUGAGUACCGACUCCACAGCGGAUCCCUCCUGCCCCUCUCAGCAGGUGGUGCACCCAUGAGCAGAGGGGGAGGCCCUGCAGAGCCCCACUGGAGGAGUGGCAGCGACACCAGCAGCUCUAGUUCCCUGAGCAGCAUGGGCAUACGGCCCCUCAAUGCGAACCACCUAUCCCCUCAGGCGCUGAAGUGGCGGGAGUACAGGCGGAGGAACCCCCUGGGCCUGGACCGUGUUUCAGGGCUGCCCGGCUUAGCAGGCAGUCUAGACAAGAGGCAGCAGGAGCCUCGGCUGAACCGGGGGAACCCCAUCUUUGAGUUCCCUGGCGCUCUCAACACCAGCCAGUUCCACUCCAGGCUGAACGGACAGUCUAUGAGGCAACUCCAGCUUACCUACCCUGACUUCUUCCCAGACUACUUCUCGCUAGCAGAAAAGCCCCCUGCUGAGUUCUGCCUCUCGCCAGAUGGCAACACAGAGUCAAUCUCCAUCGACUUGCUGCAGAAGAAGGGUCUAGUGAAGGCAAUCAACACUGCCGUUGACCUGAUUGUGGCUCACUUUGGAACCAGCAGAGAUCCAGGGGUGAAGGCUAAGCUGGGGAACAGCUCUGUGAGCCCCAACGUGGGGCAUCUCAUCCUGAAAUAUCUGUGCCCCGCUGUCCGGGACAUCCUGAGUGAUGGACUCAAGGCCUAUGUCCUGGAUAUGAUCAUUGGCCAGAGGAAGAACAUCCCUUGGAGCGUGGUGGAGGCAUCCACUCAGCUGGGCCCCUCCACCAAGUUGCUGCACAGCCUCUACAGCAAGAUCAGCCAGUACACGGAGCUGACCAACCACACCAUGAGGUUCAAUGCGUUCGUCUUUGGUCUUCUCAACAUCCGGUCCUUGGAGUUCUGGUUCAACCACCUCUACAACCAUGAAGAUAUCAUCCUGGCACACUACCAGCCAGUGGGCUUCUUGUGCCUGUCUCACAGUGUGUGCCAGCCCCUUUUUGAAGAGCUUCUGCUACUGCUCCAGCCUCUCUCUCUGCUGCCAUUCAACCUAGACCUCCUUUUUGAGCACCACCUGCUGCAGAUGGGCAAAGAGCAGCAACAGCAAAAGGAGCUGCUGCGUGUGAAACAGGACCUGCUGCUUUCUGCACACUCCACCCUGCAGCUGAUGCGGACACGAGGCAGCAGUGAGGAUCCUGACGGCUGCAGCACUGCUCCCGAGGCGUGUAAAGCAGGUGCCACAGAUGGGGACCUGUCACCAGGCCACAGCCCUGACCAACAAGUUGAAAGCGAGAGAGUCAAGGGGGUGGGAGCCUCCUGCGGAGAUGGUGACAGGGAGGAAGAGAGGAGGAUGGUGCGAGACAGCACCUGGGAGGGGAAGAAAGACAAGCAGGCAGGCUGGUGGUACCAGCUCAUGCAGAGCUCCCAAAUUUACAUUGAGGGCUCAGCUGAAGGCUCCAAGCUUGUUCGCUAUGAAAAGAAGAAGAAGACUUCUGGUGCUGUGCCCAGGUCAGCUGAGCCUCACAAGGCACCACCGCCCCGCGAAGGGGUGGUGGAGGGCGCAGAGGCCUGCCCCAUUGUGGAGGGCACCUUGGAGGAGAGGCCCAUGGCAGCCAGCAGACCAAGCCCCAAGGCUCUGGUGGAGCCCCCAGAAAAGCCCCAGCAAGCACCAGCCAGUGAAGAGGCCAAGGAACGAAGCUGGCCCUUCUGGAUGGGCAGUCCGCCAGAUUCGGUGCUUACAGAGCUGAAGCGCAGCAAGGAGAAGGAGGCCGGGACGCAGCAAAGACUGGGGGCAGCAGCAGCAGCCCCUCGGGAGGAGAGCAGCACCAACGCGUCGGGAGCCAGCCAGCCCAUCAAGUGGGGACACUUGUUUGGCUCUAGGAAGGUGCAAAAGGAGUCCAAACAGCCCAACAGGUUGCCCUCUGGCUGGCUGAGCUUGGACAAGUCUGUGUUCCAGCUGGUGGCCCAGACGGUCGGGGCAAGCAUGUGGCGAGAAGCAGCCCCUGAGCCGGAUCCCCAACGGAUGGAGCCACCAGAAGCGUCAGCUGAGCAGCGGCCAGCUCGUGAGCUGUCUCCCAACCCUCCCUGUGAAGUGAAAGCUCUUUGCCAUCACAUUGCCACUGAGGCAGGACAGCUGAGCUUCAACAAAGGGGAUAUCCUGCAGGUCAUUUCCAAGGUGGAUGGUGACUGGCUGCAGUGCAGCCUCGGCUCCGAGAGGGGACUGGUGCCCAUCAUGUAUGUCACCCACCCAGAGGAUGAGGACUAUUGAUGUGGCUGGGAGGCUGAGCACAGUACCGUGAGCUGCUGAGGGUCCUCUGGGGGAAG